UCUCGAAAGCCGGCUGCAGUUGUAAACAAUAAAAAAAAUACUUUUGUGGUUAUCAGUACUUGUGUAUAAUAAUUUUUGAAAAUCAUUUAAUUUAUUUAAACAAAUCAAUGUAUUAUCAAAUAUAAAAAAAAUUCGGGUCAAUUAAAUGAUCUGUUUCUUAAAAUAAGUUUCUAAACGCUAUGAUAAGUUUAUUGGACUACUUAUGUGAAUAUUAAUAGUAAAUUUCAAUAACAACUCAAAUCCUGUCAAACUUUUUUAUAUUUUUAUGCGCCGUGUCGUUAAUUAAAUUUUAAAUUUAAUUAUGGAGUCUAAAUAUGGUAUUAAGAAACGAAAGUACUGUAGAAUCGAAGAAGAAGGUGAUCUACGAGACCAGUAUACUCAUGAUAUUCAGAUGUAUACUCAGUAUCCAAAGCAAAUAGUCCAACUUGAUCGAUUUUAUGAGUUGGGUUAUGAAAGAAGACAAAUUCUUAAAUUGAUCGAAUUAAUAUUGAACAGAUCGGAUCUCAAAACGAUUGAAGAUCGAAAAAUAGCUUUAAAAAACGCUUUGAAAAAAGAUGGAUACACUCAUGCUGCUAAACUGUUGACUGGAUUAGGAUGUGCGUCUCAUACAGAUGCAGAGAUAGAGGCAAGAAAACGAGAUGUUUUAUCCCACUUUAUUCUAAGACUUGCAUAUUCUCAAAAUCCGGAAUUGAGAAAGUGGUUUGUGGCAAUGGAAGUUGAAUAUAUGAAGAUGAGGAUUACGUCAUUGAACAACGAAGGGAUGGCUAAAUUAUUAGCUAUCAAUAAUUUCACUUAUAAACCUAUUUCUCAAGAAGAAAAAGAAACGUUACGAGAAGAGCUUAGUUGUUCAAUAUCUAAAUCAUUGGUAAUAGACAAUAUUGAUUUCUACAAAGUGCCUUUUUCCAAAGUUCUUGAUUUAGUUAAAACCAGAAGAGUUUAUCUAAAGAAAGGAAUUGCAUACACUCCACAAUUUGAACUUUCUUCUCUAUUUAUAUCACAGUACAGACGGCAUUUGACAAAAGCCGUUGAGAUUGCAGCGCCGUGUUUUUAUGAAUUACAAGACGAUGAAAGGGUGUUUGAUUAUCUCAAGAAUUUACCAAACUAUUUUCCUGACUUUGAUCGAACUAUUUGGUCAAGUACAGAAACUCCAAUUGAAGCACUUGAUGAUAUUGCGAAAAUUUCUUAUCCAUUAUGCAUGAGAACAUUGCAUGAAGCAUUGAGAAUGAACCAUCACCUAAAAAAUUCUGGGCGAGUACAAUAUGGUCUCUUUUUAAAAGGCAUUGGAGUUAAAGUAGACGAUGCGAUGAGAAUGUGGCGAGCAGAGUUCACGAAAAAAAUAGAGGCAGAUAAAUUUGAAAAAGAAUAUGCUUAUACAAUUAAAUUUAUCUAUGGAACAGUAGGAAGCCAAAAAAAAUAUACCCCGAUGGGGUGUUCUAAAAUUAUUAGCAACAUUGCAGGUGCAGGAGAGUAUCAUGGUUGCCCAUAUAGAUUAAUGGACAGUGAUACUCUGAAAAAAAAGUUGAUUGCUUACGGGUUGUCAGCCUCAGAUGCUGCUGAGAUUGCUGCCUUAGCUAAAGAUCAUCAUUAUCAAUUGGCAUGUGCCAAGUAUUACGAAAUAACUCAUAAAGUUCCACCAGAACACCCUGUGAUGCACCCGAAUGCUUAUUACUCAGACAGUCGUAAUAUUAUUGAGAAACUUUCUAGCAAUACUGUCGAUUCUCACGAAAAUCCGACAGGAGGCGAUACACCAAAACAAAAGUUGAAAAUAAAGUCUGAAAAGUUUACACCAAUAAGAACACCAGAUAAACCUUUAGCUAAAAGAAAUAUUGAAGUUAAACUUAUGGAUAUUGAAAAAUUGUUAAAUGAAGAUGAAAUGGAUUAAAUAGUUAUAAAAGAUAAUAAGUUAUCAUUUUAACCGACACUAAGAAUAAUUGUCGAGUAAAGCUGUUAUUUUCUGUCAUAGGGUGUAUAUUUUUAUAAAUUUUUCAUAACAUCUGCAUUUAGACCAAGUUUUUAUGCCUGUGUAGUCAAUUGAAACAACCCAAUGGGGUUUUGUUUUGCCAGACUCCUCCACUUGAGAGCAGCAUAAUAGCGAAUUCGGUCAAGCGCAAAUUUUUAAAUGUCAAAUUUAAAAAGACAAAAAAUAUGUUCUAGAGUGAUUUAGGAAAAAAAAUUCGAGAAAUUUUCAAUUUUACAAUCAAUUAUAUGAUGUUUUCGAUAAAUAAUAUAAAUGUCAGACCAUAAUAAAUAUACAGUUUAUUUGUCAGUUAAAUACGUGUUUUGGAGGAGCUACUAGUGUCGCAUAAUCAUCAUAUAUAUUCGAUAUCAGAGAAAUUAAAAAAUUAUACAGAAUAUGGGUAAGUGAUGUGCUCCUUUUUGUAAAAGAAAAGCAACUUUCACUUUUCCCAAUGAUGGAAAACUUCGGGCCCUUUGGGAAAAGACAAUAAAUGUAAAUUUUCGGUCUUCGAAAUCGUCGAGGUUAUGUCCUAACCAUUUCGCGAAGGAUGUUAUUGUUGAAAAAAUGAAAGUUAUUACACAGGUAAAUAAAUAGUUGAGAUAUCUUC